UGUGUGCCCUGCCAAUGAAGGGACAUCCUCUCCUGUCAGAGCGAUUGCAAUGGAGAUAAGCAGCCAGAAGCCCUCAGCGUCACAGUCUUGCUACAGUCUACAGUACACACCUGAUCCUACACUCACCGCCAUGCUAACGCAGGAGCCACUGAUUGACUCCUGAACCAGUCUCCACCACAGCAUGCAGCUAGAGAAGGAAGAAAGGAGGAUGAUUCGAAUAAAGGACUCUUUCUGAGAGUCUGCUGCUUCUGCUGUUGGGGUCAGAGUUUGAUGGAUCAUCUCAUUUCAAACUGCGUAGCUGCUGUUGUUGAUCUCAACCCAUGCUCUGUCCACAAACAUUGCCCUCUGGUAGACUUCUGAUGUUCUACUCUGUCAUGUUAUGACUGCAGGGUGAAUGGGCACGUUAUUAAAUAUUUACAUUUUAUUUAAACACGUUGCCACAUCCUAAAGUGGUUUUAAUCUGGUCGGGCCUCUUGGCACUUCCAUCCAUCUGAGCCGCCUGCAGCUGUUCAUCCCAGUCCAGCUCCUCUCUCUGGAGCGUCCUCCCCACCACUGCCCAUCUUCUGCAGCAGGCUGAAAAACCAUCUAUUCAUCCUGCACCUUGAUUCCAGUACUGUCUUCCCUCUCUUAUCACUUCUACAAAGUUCACUUGUGUUGAAUCUUGCACAGUUUAUUAGUUUAAUGAAUUACAGCACAUUUUGUACAUAGUCCCCCCAUUUUAGGGGACCAGAAGUAUUGGGACAGAUUCACUUAUGUACUAAAGUAGUCAAGUUUAGUAUUUGGUCCCAAAUUCCUAGCAUGCAAUGAUUACAUCAAGCUUGUUAUUUUAUAUCCAAUAGAAAACAAUGGUAAAUCAUGUAUUGUCAUUUGAGUCACUUAUUGUAAAUAAGAGUAGAAUAUGUUUCUAAACACUUCUACAUUAAUGUGGAUGCUACCAUGAUUACAGAUAGUCUUGAAUGAAUUGUGAAUAUCAUACCCCCCCCACAAAACAUGCUAACCUCUCACCAUUACAAUAACAAUAAACCUGUUGGAUGCAUUUGUGGUUUUUGUUGCAUUUCAGUGAGAGGUUAGCAUGUCUUGGGGGUAUGAUAUUUUGUGUGCAAAAUAAUCUGAAAUGCAACAAAACCCACAAAUGCAUCCAACGUGUUUCUAGAGUCACAAGCUUGAUAUAAUCAUUGCGUGCUAGGAAUAUGGAACCAAAUACUAAACUUUUGACUACUUUAAUACACAUAUACAGUAAGUGAAUUUGACCCAAUACUUUUGGUCCCUAAAAUGGGAAAAUGCACAAAAAGUGCUGUAAUUUCCAAACGGUUCACCUGAUAUGGAGGAGAAUACCCUCAAAUUAAAGCUGACAGUCUGCCAUUUAACCUCAGUCAUUGUAUUAUUUCAAUUUCAAACUUCUUGAGUACAUAGCCAAAACAAAUAAUUCACUGUUCCAAUACUUUUGAAGCUCACUGUAGAUGCAGAUCUAUCACGAAAUGGUUGGUUUAUGUCAAUGGAAUACUGGAAGAUGUAGGAUUCCAUCAUACAGACAUCAUGACCUUAAUGGGUCUGUAGUACUGGACUGAGACCCUGCCAACCUGAUCAUAUUGUUGACCAUGUGGCUAUUGAUCCAUGGAUGGGAUCCCAGCAGUAGAGGUGAACCAUUAUUUUCACCCUAGCUCUUCAAGGGUAGUCACAUAGGCGCCGAUUCAGACUUAGGGAAGGAAUGCCUUUUUCACAUUUUGAUUUAUGCACUUCAGUAUUUGGUAUUCAGACUUAACUCAUGCACAGUUUGUGGUUGUAGCUCUCUUGCAUGCACUGAAUAAAUAUCAUUCAAUACCAGAAAACACACCCACUGGGUGGCCAAUCAACUUGAUCAGUUAAAUAUUUUAUUAUGUUAAUUUAUCUAAAGCAGUCCCUUUAAUGUGUACCUGUUUAAUUUCAAUUUGAUUGGCACAACAGAAUAACCUAUGGAGAAUGCUUUCAGAAUGGAGAUCAAUGAAAGAUAGCCAUUCAAAUGUAUGGAUAUUUAUCUCCUUUUCAGAACCCAUGCUUAGUUUUCAAAACACUGAUAUUUCACAAUGUAUGUUUAAAGAAGUUUUCACCAGCCCUGAGCUACUUCAGUCAAUACUAGUGGCUAAUAUUUAACAUGACAUAGUAGGAAACAGAGAAAGUUGGUGCAAAUAAUUAAAACAUUUGAGAGUGCCCAAAGGUUAAAUUUGAUGUGACUGUCAUUGUGCAAUGCUUUACAUCGUCAUCAUAUGCUCUAGGCUGCAGUACCCAUUUGGUUACAUCUCCAAGUUUAAUCACUGCAAGGUAAAAGGCCAUAAAAUAAAACAAAUAAUGCACAAGGGCACAACAUUUUAUUCUUCACUGUGGGAAAGGGGUAGAAAUGCUUGUCAUGUUGAUAUGCUUUUUGCAUAUUAAACAUUCUAGUUUUGAAUACUGAGAAUGUGUCAUGCGUGAUUUAGUUAUUUCCCGCUAUUUGUUGAUUACGGUAGCGCAUCCCCAUAUCUAAUUGAUCACCUUAAUAAACGAAAAAAACAUUUGCAUACUCAAACAACCUACUAUUUAGGGCGCAAGUAUGGGUAUUUGGACAUGGCCAGUAUGUUUUUCCACUUGGAACAGACAGGUUCACUUGACCUUAUUCAUGGUUUUCUGGUGUGGGAAUUAAGUCAAGGUCAGAAUAAGGAAUAUCUUUUGACUCUAUUUCUGUGAUAUCCACCCCAAACGAAUACCUGGCUGGCACAUGCGUUUCCCCAUGCUUAAGUUCAAUGUCAGUGUACAGUGGGGAGAAAAGUGCAUUUUAGUGCGAGUGACUCAGGUCUGAAUUCCCCCUACAAUCAAGGAAGGUUGGAAUUAAGUGUUGGGGAGUUGACCAUUUACAUUUUCCAGUAGCUAAACUAUCCCAGUAGCCUACUUAAAAUACACAGUUGUGUAGAUAUGGGUGCAGUACUCACCUAAAUAAAAGUACAAGCAUGCAUGGGUCAACUAACUAUUGCAUAAAACAAGGACACUGGCAGCCAUUUCAGAAUUUGACAUUCAACAUGGCUGUCAAGUAGUAACCAACAACACACAAAGCUAAAUCUAGGUCCUAAAUGAACAAGCAAAAGGAUUCAAACGGAAUAUUCUGGAAAUAAGGUGCAUGAAGCUCUUGAAAAGCCACACUGGACUGAGAGGAAGUCAGAAAGAAGACCAGGAAGUAGCUUUUAACGAGUGGCGAUGGCCUAUUCUAACUACAGCACCCUGAACAGGGCUCAGCUCACCUUUGAGUAUCUGCACACCAACUCAACGACACAUGAGUUCCUGUUUGGAGCUCUGGCUGAGCUGGUGGACAACUCCAGGGAUGCAAAUGCCACCCGGAUUGACAUCUACACAGAGAAGAGACCAGAUUUGCGUGGAGGCUACAUGCUAUGUUUCUUAGACGACGGCACAGGAAUGGACCCCAACGAGGCGACCCAUGUGAUCCAAUUUGGGAAGUCCACUAAGCGUACACCAGAUUCUACUCACAUCGGCCAGUAUGGAAAUGGUCUCAAAUCGGGCUCCAUGCGUAUUGGGAAAGACUUUGUUCUGUUCACUAAGAAGGACAACACUCUGUCCUGCCUGUUCCUGUCUAGAACGUUCCACGAGGAGGAGGGGCUUGACGAGGUGAUCGUACCCCUGCCCACCUGGGACCUACUGACCAGACAGCCAAUCACAGGCGACCCUGAGAAGUUUGCCAUAGAGACGGAGCUCAUCUACAAAUACUCUCCUUUUAAAAACGAACAGCAGCUGAUGGAACAGUUUAACAAGAUGGAGGGCAGCAGCGGUACUCUGGUGAUCAUCUAUAACCUGAAGUUGAUGGACACCAGAGAACCAGAGCUGGAUGUAGAGACAGACCACCAGGAUAUCCUGAUGGCUGGGACUCCUUCAGAGGGAGUGAAGCCAGAACGUCGGUCGUUCCGAGCAUACGCAGCUGUCCUCUACAUCGACCCCAGGAUGAGGAUCUUCAUACAGGGACACAAAGUCAGGACCAAGAGACUGUCCUGCUGCCUCUACAAACCCAGGGUAUAUAAAUACACAUCGACUCGAUUCAAAACCCGUGCUGAGCAGGAAGUAAAAAAGGCUGAUCACCUCGCUAAGAUAGCGGAGGAGAAGGCUCGUGAGGCGGAGAGCAAAAGUCUGUCUCUGGAGGCCAAACUGGGAGACGACCUGUCCAAAGAGUCACGGGUCAUGUUGCGUAAGGCACAGGAUGGGUCCAUGAUGCUUCGACGGGAGGCGGAAGUGAAAAAGAUGAUUCAGGAGUCCAAACAGAAAGCAUUGAAGGAGCCUAAGGAACUGAGUUUUAUCUUCGGGGUGAACAUUGAGCAGAGAGACCUGGAUGGGAUGUUUGUGUAUAACUGCUCUCGCCUCAUUAAGAUGUACGAGAAGACUGGACCUCAGCUGGAGGGAGGAAUGGCGUGUGGAGGUGUUGUGGGGGUAGUAGAUGUUCCAUACCUGGUUCUGGAGCCCACUCACAACAAGCAGGACUUUGCGGACGCUAAAGAAUACAGACACCUUCUGAGAGCCAUGGGAGAACACCUAGCCCAGUACUGGAAGGACAGCAACAUAGCUCAGAAGGGCAUAGUGAAGUUCUGGGAUGAAUUUGGGUACCUGUCGGCCAGCUGGUCCUCACUCCCCUCGGCUGAGCAGAGAUACAAGAGACGCCGCGCCAUGGAGAUACCCCUCACCAUACAGUGUGAUAAAUGUCUGAAGUGGAGGACUCUGCCAUUCCAGAUGGAUGCGGUGGAUAAACGUUACCCGGACAGCUGGGUGUGUCUGAUGAACCCUGACAGCACUCAGGACAGGUGUGAUGCAGCGGAGCAGAAACAGAACCUUCCAUGUGGAGUUCUGAAGAAGGACAGACAGACAGCAGAGGACAAACAGAAAGAACUGACAGAGAAGAUCAGACAGCAGCAGGAGAAACUAGAGGCUCUGCAGAAAACCAGCACCAUCAAAUCAGCAGCAGAUGUGAAGAAGUUGCCUCUGGACGUCAGCAUGAGACCCAUGAAUGACAGUUCUUCCCAGGCAACCAGGUCUUCAGAGCGUGUUUCACGUCCUCGCUCCCCCCCUCUCCCCGCCCUCCUCAAGAACGCCCCCAGCCAGCCGCCAGCCCCCAACCGCAAACUCACCAAUUCCCCUCGACCGACCACCCGGCCUGCUGCCCCAGCCUCCAGAAUCGACCAAUCUAGAGCCAGAGCUGCAGCGAAGCCAUCACCCCCUCCAGCUAAGCCCUCCCCCAAAGCCCCAGCCAAAAUCCCCACCAAACCCACCCCUCCAAGCCGCAGCUCACGGAUUCAAGCCAAAUCGUCCACUGCCAAAGCAACCACACCUGCUAGCAGCCAGCGCAAGAGAGUGAUGGAGCAGGAGGAGGAGAGUGAGGAGGAGGAGGAGGAAGAAGAAGAAGAAGAAGAGGACAGCGAGGAGGAGAAGGAGCCUCAGCCCAAGAAAUCCAAGAUGGCAGCUGCAGUGGGGAAUCGUGGGAAAAAUGUUGAGAAAGCUCCACUCAAGCGGGGAAAAGUGACAGAGGUCCCCACCCCCCCACUCAGCACCAAACCCCCACCGCCUGAGAAGAGGAGUGCUACCAUACCAACACGGCUGCCCCCUGCAACACCACCACCAGCCAAACCCAUCCCCGCCCCGCCUAAGCCCUCGGGUGGGGCUAGAGCCAAGGUGACAGGCAGCGCAGAGGACGAGCACCCAGAGAAUGAACCGAAGAAUGCUCAGAAAGAUAAGGGUAUGUUGGUGGAGGUACGUGUGAAUAAGGAAUGGUUCACAGGCAAAGUGGUUGCUGUGGAAACCAGCAAGCAGAGCGUUCGCUGGAAGGUGAAGUUUGACUACGUCCCCAGAUCCACCCCCAAGGACCGAUGGGUUUUCAAAGGCAGUGAGGAGGUGAGGUUGAUGCGACCCCCCUCUCCCCUCUCCCAGACCCCUGACACACAGCAAGGGGAGGGGACUGAAAAGGGGCCCGCCCCCAUGGAACCUGACACCACCCAACCAGGAACCAGUCGAGAGGUGACUGACAAUCUGGUCAACAUGAUGAGGACGCUGCUGCGUUAUUUCUUCCCUCCUGAUUUCCGGAUCCCGAAGGACGAUGUCAACAGCAUGACCGCAGAAGAGCUAGUGGCUUUCCCUAUGAAGGAGUACUUCCAGCAGUAUGAGCUGGGUCUCCAGUCUCUGUGUAACUCAUACCAGAGCAGAGCUGACGCCAGAGCCAAAGCUGUGGAGGAGAAGAGUACCAGCGCUGAGACCAAACUCAGGGAGGCAGACGAGAAGCUACAGAAACUACGAACCAACAUCGUACAACUGCUGCAGAAAGUACAGGAGGACAUUGACAUAAACACCGAUGACGAACUGGAUGCCUACAUAGAAGACCUGCUGACCAAGGGGGACUAGUGAGGAGACAGGCUCUCGGAACCCUGUCUUGCUCUCAGAACAUUUGUCCGUCUGUACUUCCCAAAGUACUGUAGCUCUGUAGCUCCUCUACAGACGCCCUUUACCCAUAACCCUCCCUCGUGCCCGCCCCGCUCUGCAGAUGGAGAGGAGAGAGGCAGCUGCUGCCUGACCUACUGCUGUUGCCGUUUGGUCCCCAAGUUUGUUUUUAUAAAACUGCAGUAUGGUUUUCUGUUUCUCUGUCUGUUCUUGUUUAUUUAACAUUAGCAUGCUCUGGUUUUGGAUGGUCCAUUCUGAGAAUAGCACGUAACGGACAUCUCUUUUUAGUCCUUUUAUAUCAACAAUCUAUUAUGUUAUUUACAAGCUCUGUUAAGAUACUGUAGGUUACACCAACCAGUCCUGAUUGACUGCCGAACUGAACUCUUCUCAAUCUGUAGGUGAGGAUCAGAUUCUGCUCUUGUUGCUAUGUUCUGAUCAUGUGCCGUGUACACGCAUACAUACAUACGCACGCCAGUCCAAGUACGGCACCAAGCGUCUCCGAUCAAAGUUCCUGUGAUGUAGAUGACGGGCGAUUCUGUGAUUUCAGAAGAGGGUCUGAUGGUAAUCUAAACUAUGGAACAGGUAAGAUUCAUAUGUAUUCUCCAUAUUGAUCUGUGAUCAGGUGGAGAGAAAUUACAUGAAUCAUAAGCCCAUAAUAGCGUCCUGACCCAUAACCCCUUUUACCACCAGUCACAGUCCGAUGCAAAUCCAGUCCCGUUGAGUGCCAGAUUUGAUGUUAUAGUUGCCAUCAGAUGGUCAAGCCUUUUCUACCCUGUGUUAAAGCGUUAUGUUUAACCCAGUGUUGAAAAAACGAAUCAGUGUUGCCUAGCUGCUUUCAAUCACCUCUCCCCCCAGCCUCUCUCUAGCCUCUCUCUCCCCUCUAGCCUCUCUCUCCCCUCUAGCCUCUCUCUCCCCUCUAGCCUCUCUCUCCCCCCCAGCCUCUCUCUCCCCUCUAGCCUCUCUCUCCCUCCCACCCUAGCCUUCUCUCUCUCCCACCCUAGCCUUCUCUCUCUCCCACCCUAGCCUCCUCUCUCUCUCCCACCCUCGCCUCCUCUCUCUCUCCCACCCUAGCCUCCUCUCUCUCUCCCACCCUAGCCUCCUCUCUCUCUCCCACCCUAGCCUCCUCUCUCUCUCCCACCCUAGCCUCCUCUCUCUCCCCACCCUAGCCUCCUCUCUCUCCCACCCGAGCCUUCUCUCUCUCCCACCCGAGCCUUCUCUCUCUCCCACCCGAGCCUUCUCUCUCUCACACCCUAGCCUCCUCUCUCUCACACCCUAGCCUCCCCUCUCACACCCUAGCCUCCCCUCUCUCUCACACCCUAGCCUCCCCUCUCUCUCACACCCUAGCCUCCCCUCUCUCUCACACCCUAGCCUCCCCUCUCUCUCACACCCUAGCCUCCCCUCUCUCUCACACCCUAGCCUCCCUCUCUCUCACACCCUAGCCUCCCCUCUCUCUCACACCCUAGCCUCCCCUCUCUCUCACACCCUAGCCUCCCUCUCUCUCACACCCUAGCCUCCCCUCUCUCUCACCCUAGCCCCCUCUCUCACACCCUAGCCUCCUCUCUCUCUCACACCCUAGCCUCCUCUCUCUCUCACACCCCUAGCCUCCUCUCUCUCUCACACCCUAGCCUCCUCUCUCUCUCACACCCUAGCCUCCUCUCUCUCUCACCCUAGCCUCCUCUCUCUCUCACACCCUAGCCUCCUCUCUCUCACACACCCUAGCCUCCCUCUCUCACACACCCGAGCCUCCCCUCUCUCUCACACCCGAGCCUCCCCUCUCUCUCACACCCGAGCCUCCUCUCUCUCUCACCCUAGCCUCCUCUCUCUCUCUCACCCUAGCCUCCUCUCUCUCUCUCACCCUAGCCUCCUCUCUCUCUCACACCCUAGCCUCCUCAGUGUGUUUGACCAUGAAUCUUGUUCUAGAGGCAGCUGUGUAGAGUGGUCACUAGCUGGCACAGCCACCAAGUCAUAAAAUCUGAUUUUACUCCUAACCUUAAAGCCAAAAAGCACAUUUGUUUUCAUGAAUUUUUACAAUCUAGAUCAUUUUGACUUUGCAGCUGGCCCAUCUAGCAGAAAUCUUUCAGUUAUGCCUCAAAGGCAAGUUUCAUGACAGUAAAUGUCAACAUGCAUCCUGUUCUGACAGUGUAGCCAUGGGGUUUACCAGCCAGACUAUUGAGGGUGUUUGGUCCUCCCAACGCCCUGGAGACUGAAGUACUUACUGGGUUUUAUCAGUACGAUUAUCUCUUACGUCUCCUCAAUACAACUGUGUCCCUAUUGUUUCUUCUUGCCAUUGUGACAUGAUAGUUCAAUGUUUUCAUUUUGGUCUCAAAGGUGAUUGAGUUCCUAGUUAUCUAAAGUUCUCUGUUCAUAUUAUUCAGUGGUCAUGUUUCUUCUAAUGGGUAUUUUUAACAUGUCAAGGAAACGUUUUAUUAAAUGGUGUAUGUUAUUGUC